UCAAUGGGUUUACUGGCUAAAGAUAGCCAAUAAAUGAAGGACGGAUAGGCUAUUGAGGCACUUUGUACACUUUGUGGAGCAAACAUGUCUUUGCAAAUGUCUAGGAGAAAUAGCUGUCGUGUAGGUAUCUGUGGAAACCGGGCAUCAUCAUCCGAGUGGCACGCGCGCCGCCGGGGCUCCAGCUGUUCGUAUUUUUCCUCUGGAGCGCAAAGUGAUGAUUUUUCAGUCAGUCUGAGCCAGCCAAUAUUUACUAUAACUCUGAGGUUUUUGUUGGCCAUAGAUCUGUGGCUAUCCAAGCGGCUGGGGGUGUGCGCCUGUGAGGAGUCUCCAUGGGGCAGCAUACGGCCCCUGGUGCGCCUGGUGGAGCUCUCCGGGCAUGUCAUCCCCUGGCUUGUCGGCACUCUGUACACUCUUUUCCGCGGAGAGACAGUCGUGGAGCAAGAAAUCAUGUUGAACUUGGCCUUGGCUCUGCUGUUGGACUUGCUGCUGGUCAGGGUUGUGAAGACCCUGGUGCGCCGUCGGAGGCCAGCCCAGAGCCGCUCUGACAUCCUCUCCACCUUCUUUGUGGAGCGCUACUCCUUCCCAUCAGGCCAUGCCACGCGGGCAGCCAUGUGUGCCCGGUUCCUCCUGGCCCAGAUGGUGGACACGGCCUCCAUGCGGGUCCUGGUACUGGCCUGGGCUGCCCUGGUGAGCCUGUCUCGACUGCUGCUGGCCAGACAUUAUGUGACAGAUGUUGGAUUUGGCCUGGUGAUGGGCUACUGUCAGUACAGCCUGGUGGAGAGGUUGUGGGUGACCUGGGACUGCUUGCAGGACCUACUGCUCCUGCGGCUGAGAGAGAGACUCAACAGGAUUUAA